CCCCUACAAUUAGUGGAACUUACCACAGAACAGCAAGAAAUGUUUUUUUUCUUGAGAAACAAAAGGAGACAGAAAGGUGGAAACAACAACAGCAGGACCUCACCUGCUGCUGGGAGUUUUAGGGCUUUACAUGUCUAAGCCGUAGAAAUGGGAGUGUGUUAACAAAAGGAGGGCCUGUGUGGAGGUUUGGGUGUGUCGACUCAGAGUGGGAGGGUCGCUGAGAGUUUCAGGAAGCACCUGUCUGAGUGAGAUUCAAAGCAAAGUACACGAAGAGAAGGACUGUGCUGCCACACGACAGAGAAAAACAUGCAGAGCAUCAGCUCUCCAGCAGAACGAGUCCUCUCAGAGGACCAGUUCUCCUGCUCCAUCUGCCUGGAGGUGUUCGUGGAGCCCGUCUCCACUCCCUGCGGCCACAGCUUCUGCAAGGCCUGUCUGCAGGGCUACUGGAACCACAGCAAGAAGUUCCUGUGCCCCAUGUGCAAGAAGAGCUACUCCAGAAAACCCGAGAUGAGCGUCAAUCGGGUCCUGGCUGAAAUCUCGUCCCAGUUCCAGGGCCUGAUGCAGGCUGGAGGAGCUGGUGGUGGAGCUGCUUCACGGGGAUCCACGCUGAACUUGAGCUCGAAUGGAGGACACGGCAGCUCCACAGGGCAGGACACCGGGGAGUUCGCUCGGCCCGGAGACGUCCCCUGUGAUGCCUGUAUCGGCAGGAAGUUAAAGGCAUCGAAGUCCUGCGUGAAUUGCCCCGGGUCAUUCUGUGAGACCCACCUGAGGCAUCACAAGAAGGUCAAGACUCUGACUUCUCAUCGUCUGAUCGAACCCACUUUCCACCUGGAGGAGAAGAUCUGCAAGAAACACGAACGCCUCCUGGAGGUCUACUGCCGCACCGACCACGUCUGCAUCUGCACCGCCUGCGCCGAGGCCACGCACAAAUCCCACGACAUCGUGUCCGUCGACCACGAGUUCAAGAAGAAGAUGAAUAAUGUGGGAAAGAAGAGGUCAGAGCUCAAACAUUUGAUCAAGGAGAGAUCCAAGAAACUGGAGGAGAUCAAACAGUCCAUCAAGGUCAUCAAGGCCAGCGCCCAGAAAGAGCUGGAGGAGAGCUGGCAGGUUUACGCCGAGCUGCAGCGUCUGGUGGAGCAGAGCCAGGCCGAGCUGGUGGAGCUGAUCGCCACGAGGCAACGCGAGGCCGAACGUCAUGCUCGGGAGCUGGCCAGAGGUUUGGAGAAUGAACUGAGCCAGCUGAGGAGGAGGAGCAACGAGCUGGAGGCCCACGCUCAGACCCAGGACAAAGUGCUCUUCCUUCAGAACCAGACGAUGCUGUCGGCCCCACCCGAGCCCACCGAUUGGUCAGCGGUCAGCGUCAACACCGACCUCUACCUGGGAACCAUCCGCUCGUCCGUCAGCAGCCUCAUGGACAAGUUCCAGGAGGAGCUCAAAAGACUGUACGGGAAAGAGCUCCGGAAAGUGCAGAACUACUCAAGUGAGGUGAUUUUGGAUCCCUCCACAGCCCAGAGGAACCUGGUUGUGUCUGAUGAUGGUCAGCAGGUGAGAUACGAAGAGAGGAAGUCCUCCCACAAUGAGGGUCCAAAGCGCUUCAGCCCGGCCCUCUUCGUCCUGGGCAGAGAGGGGCUCAGCUCCGGGCGGCACUACUGGGAGGUGGACGUGAGCCGCAAGACGGCCUGGACGCUGGGAGUGGCCCGAGCUUCAGCCCGCCGCAAGGGGGAGAUCAAGCUGAGUCCUGAGGGGGGUUACUGGUGCCUGUGGCUGAAGGGCGGCGAGGUGAAAGCUCUGGCUGCCUCCCGCCUGCCUCUCAUGCUGCCGUCCCAGCCCUGCAAAGUGGGAAUCUUCAUGGAUUACGAAGCCGGCCAGAUCUCGUUCUACGAUGUGAAGUCCCGUCUGCAUCUCUACACUUUCAUGGAUACCUUCAGUGAGAGCCUGUACCCAAUCUUCAGCCCCUGUCUCACCCAGGAGGGGAAGAACGCCUCCCCUCUGGUUAUAAGCCAUGUUAAACACAUGUCUCUACUGUUUGAUGCCCCAUUCAAAGGCUGGUUGCUUGCGCUGAAAAUGACCCUGCCUCUUCGCCGUGUAGGAAUGGCCUCCACUGGGAACCUUUCCGAAGAGCAGGUGCACUGCUCCAUCUGCCUGGACGUCUUCACCAACCCCGUAUCCAUCCCCUGUGGGCACAACUUUUGUCAGAGCUGCAUCCUGGGAUACUGGAAAACCAGCCCUUUGUAUCAGUGUCCCAUGUGCAAGAAGUCCUUCUACAAGAGGCCCGACAUCAGCGUUAACACUGUGCUGAGGGAGAUCGCCGAGCAGUUCAAGGAGAUCAGGGAGGAAGGAGCGGGGAAGGAAAAGAAGUGGGCAAUGGAAAGGAGGAAGAAGGAGGAUGAGGAGAGGCUUUUGGAGAAGGAUCAGAGGCAGCAGCUUGUGGAGGAGUUGAAGCUGAAGCAGGAGGAGGAGAGGAGGAAGAAAGAGGUGCUCAAGGAGAAACAAGCAGAGAAGAAACCACUUCCAGAGGAGUUACCACCACUGAUACCUCCAGCGUCGGCACCUAAAGCCUCUCCUCCACCCUCACCUCAGGACACACCUCAGUUUCCACCACCACCACCUCUUCCAGAAACAUCACCCCCACCUUCACCUCAGAUCCCUGCUUCUCCAGUUCUUCCCACUCCGCCUCCACCUGACUCCUCCUCACUCCCAUCUCCUCCUUGGGAUGAGGUCCUGUGUGACGUUUGUUUCGGAGACAGAAGGCCGAAAGCAGUCAAAUCCUGCCUCGUGUGUUUGACUUCCUACUGCGAGGAGCACCUGAAAUCACACACCGCCAGAUUCACCAAGCACAAGCUGAUGGAGCCUGUCGCCAACAUGGAGGACAGGAUGUGUCCGAAGCACGAGAGGCUUCUGGAGCUGUUCUGUAAGAAGGACCAGAGUUGUGUGUGCGUCCUCUGCACCGAGACGGACCACCGUUCGCAUUACACCGUCCCUGUGGAGAGGGAAUGGACUGACAAGAAGGCGCAGCUGAAAAGGACAGGAAUAGACGUCCAGCAGAUGAUCCAGGACAGAGUGAAAAAGGUGGAGGAGAUCAAACAUUCUGUGGAGCUCAACAAAGCCAGCGCUCAGAAGGAGGUUGAGGAGAGCAUGCAGGUGUUCUCGGAGCUGGUGCGCUCCAUCCAGAGGACUCAGGCCGAGCUGGUUCUGGUCAUCGAGGAGAAGCAGAGGCAGACGGAGAGGUGGGCUGAAGGCCUCAUCGCCGAGCUGGAGCAAGAGAUCGCUGAGCUGAAGAGAAGGAACACAGACUUGGAAAACGUGGCUCGGACCGACCACAUUCACUUCUUAAAGAGCUUCCCAGCACUCAGCAUUCCACCAUCUGUUAAGGACUGGUCUGAGACCACUGUUCCCACUGAUACUUGUGUAGGCAUGAUCAGGAGAUCCGUGUCCAAACUGGAGGCAACGCUAAAUGAAAUGACUGACAGACUGUCUGAAAGUGAGAUCAAGAAAAUUCUGAAAUAUACAGUGGAUGUCACCCUGGACCCAGAAACCGCUAACCCCUGGCUGCAGCUCUCUCAGGACAGACAUCAGGUGAGACACCUGGGCGCCUGGCAGGAUCUGCCGGACCACCCCGACCGAUUCGACACAGUGGUCAUAGUCCUGGGCCGUGAGGGCUUCACGUCAGGCAGACACUACUGGGAGGUCCAGGUGGGGGACAAGGAUGACUGGUACCUUGGUGUGGCCAGGUCUUCUGUCAACAGAAAGGGCAGGAUCUCUGUUAGCACCACCCAAGGCUACUGGGCUCUGGCCAUGAAGAAAGGCCAGGGCUACCGGGUGUCAACAUCCCCGCCGUUACUGCUGGCUCUCGACCCCAAGCUCAAAAGAGUGGGCGUGUAUGUGGACUAUGAGGAGGGCCAGUUGUCGUUUUAUGAUGUGAGAGCUCGGACCCAUAUUUACACGUUUGAAGACACGUUUACGGAGAAGAUUCUGCCCUUUUUCUACCUGUACUGCUGCGACAAAGCCUCUGAUACCAUUGUGAUCUGUCCUGUGACUGAGAAAAGCCUGAUCAAGCAAAGCUAAGGACGUAAAAACAACAAAGAAACGCUCUUCAUUAUGAAGUGAAUUAACAGACUGUAAUUUGCUGUAGUCAUAAUAGAUUUUUAUGAAAAGCGCAGUUUUACGUAUAUGCAUUGAACAUAGUUACAUAAAUGUUUUUUGCACAUGUACACUAAUAGGUAGAAGACAAAACACAGUUUAGAAUUUUGGUAAAUCAGAGUGUUUACACGCCCGAAAAUAAAUGAGAAGAUUGAUACCACUCAAGUCUAUCCAUUAAACAUGAGACUAGCAUGCUGUUAGCUUAGCAUAAGACAGGGUGCAAGAGGGGACAGUUUCCCUGAUGUCAAGUUAAGGUCAAAAAUAUCAUACCAGAAUUUCUAAAUGUCAGGAAUUAAAGGACUCGUCUGACCCUUUGGGAGAUAGAUAAGUUGCAUUCUUGUUGAGAGUUUGACUAAAAGAUAGAUUUGAAUCUCACAUCAGUGUGCUAAAUGUGAAGCUUAAGUGAGAAGCAGUCAGUUGCAAUGGCAGUAGGUGAAGCAGGUCAGACUUUCAGAUGCCCCUCUCCUCUGCAACGUUUCCCAGCUCUUCCUGGGGAAUCCCGAGGCGAUCCCAGGCCAGAUGAGAUAUAUAAUCCCACCAGUGAGUUAUGGGUCGACCCCGGGGUCUCCUUCCAGUUGGAUCGAAUGGAAGGCUUCCAGACAGCAUCCUGAUCAGAUGUCCGAACCAAAUCAGCUGGCUCCUAUGAUACGAGGGAGUAGUGACUCUAUUUCAACUCUGAGUUGAGGUCAUGGUUCUCAUCCAGCUGCCUCUCAUGCAGCCGAGUUAGCUCUUAAGGUCAUUAAAUAAUAUGUUAGAUCCUAUUUGUUGUUUAUCAUCAAAGUUGGAUUAAACAGUGCUAAAGUCUAAAGGCUAGCUGUUUCUAACAGUUUCCAUGCUGUAUGCUAAGCUAAGCCAUCAGGCUGCAGGACUCAGCUUUGAUUUUGCUGCACAGAUACAAGAGCUUAUACAGAUCUUUUCAUGUAACUUUUGGCAAGAAUGCAAACAAUUUCAUUACCUUAAAUGAGAUUUUCCUUUACCUGCAUGAGUCAGAUAAACAUAAAGUUUAGUUUCUACUCUAACUUUUGUAACUGCAUGUUGAUAUUUAGUGUGACUGAUCCUGCAGGAGUUGUAUGCUGCAUAAGAAGUGUUUACAGCAAUAAAUGUUCUCUCAAAUAUG